AGAGGGCUCCGUGCGGCCGGUGGCGGGGUGCGGGGAGGGGACCGGAGCCGAGGCCGGGGCCGAGGCCGCAGCCGGGGGCCGGGCGGUGCCGCCGGGGGCGGCGGGCGGGCGAGGAAGGACACGGCUGGUAGCGAAGCAGCGGUGCCACGUCCUUCCUUUUCCGGUUGUGCCGCGGCGGCGACGGGCGGCAGCACGAGGGGCUCCGCCGCUGCCCUCAUGGCUUGCGCUCGACCGUUAAUAUCUGUCUACUCCGAGAAGGGAGAAGCAUCAGGGAAGAAUGUCACCCUGCCUGCCGUGUUCAGGGCUCCCAUUCGCCCUGAUGUCGUGAACUUCGUUCACACCAAUUUGCGCAAGAACAACAGGCAGCCCUAUGCUGUCAGUGAACUUGCAGGUCAUCAGACCAGUGCCGAGUCUUGGGGCACUGGGAGAGCCGUGGCUCGUAUUCCUCGAGUACGAGGUGGUGGAACUCACCGCUCUGGCCAAGGUGCCUUUGGGAACAUGUGUCGUGGAGGCCGCAUGUUUGCCCCAACCAAGACUUGGCGACGCUGGCACCGCAGAGUGAACACAACUCAAAAGCGUUACGCCAUCUGUUCCGCGUUGGCAGCAUCGGCUCUUCCAGCACUGGUCAUGUCUAAAGGCCACCGCAUUGAGGAGAUUCCAGAACUUCCUCUGGUUGUUGAGGACAAAGUUGAGAGUUACAAGAAAACGAAGGAAGCUGUUCUUCUUCUUAAGAAGCUUAAAGCUUGGAAUGACAUCAAAAAGGUUUAUGCCUCUCAGCGUAUGCGGGCUGGAAAGGGUAAAAUGAGGAAUCGCCGUCGCAUCCAGCGUAGGGGACCCUGCAUCAUUUACAACGAGGACAAUGGUAUCAUUAAAGCUUUCCGGAAUAUCCCAGGAAUUACUCUUCUGGAUGUGAACAAGCUGAAUCUGCUGAGACUUGCUCCUGGUGGCCACGUUGGGCGUUUCUGCAUUUGGACUGAAAGUGCCUUCCGCAAGUUGGACGAUUUAUACGGCACCUGGCGCAAACCUGCUACUCUGAAGAGCGACUAUAACCUCCCAAUGCAUAAGAUGACCAAUACGGACCUUGGAAGAAUCCUGAGAAGCCAGGAAAUCCAGAAGGCACUGCGUCCUCCAAAGAAAAAGAUUCACCGUAGAGUCCUGAAGAAGAAUCCACUGAAGAAUCUGAGAAUCAUGAUCAAGUUGAACCCGUACGCCAAAACCAUGCGACGCAACACCAUCCUGCGCCAUGCUCAAAAUCACAAACUCAAGGAAGAGAAGAAAGCUAAGGCCAAGGUCACAGCUAAGGCCAAGGUCUCAGCUAAGGCCCAGACCAAAGGCAAGACUGCACCAAAAGCUCCAGCGAAGGAGGCAGCAAAGGCCCAGGCUGAAGCGUAAACACCAUGCAGUCCUCAUCUGCCUAACUUCAGAGAGCUGUAUUGUGGAUUCACAGCUAAUAAAUUCUAUUGGAACAGUGAAA